AUGGAAGCCAAAAUAGAAGUAAUAUCGAGGGAGUUAAUCAAACCAUCAUCUCCUACCGCGGUUGAAAAAAAAGAGCUUACAUUGUCUCUUCUAGAUCAGCUUCAACCGGCUCGCUACAUCCCUUUGCUUUUCUUCUACAAAAGAAACCCGUGUGAUUCCAAAAUUUACGGUGAUAAAUAUACUUCUAAUGCAACCUUCCAUUUGAAACAGUCUUUAUCAGAUUGCCUGACGAAAUUCUACCCUUUAGCCGGAAAGCUGAAUCCAGGCCAUUGUUCUAUUAAUUGCGAUGACUCUGGAGCUCUUUUUGUGGAAGCUAAGAUUAAUAUUGGGCUCUCAGAAGCAGUCCACGAUGUUCCUUAUGAAGAUUUUGGAAAAUACUUGCCACUGGAGCCAUACCUACAGUCUGAAGAUGAGGAUGGCGAAUGCCGGCUUAAAAGCGAAAUGAUGGUGUUAGCAGUACAAAUCACUUGGUUUGCAUGCGGAGGAAAUGUGGUUGGUGUCUGCAUCCUCCAUAAUGUCGCUGAUCUCAUGUCCUGUCUAACAUUCAUGAACUCAUGGGCUGCUCUAAACCGCGGCGCCGGGGAAGGUGGCACUACUAAUUUCUCAACACCCAAUUUCAACAUUGGCACUCAAAUGUUUCUUCCUUUGAAACAUGUGAUCCCGUCUCAAAAUCAUUUGGAAGCGAAGAAAGUUUGGAAGAGGUUUGUGUUCGACAACAACAUGUUAACGAAUCUUAAAAAAAUCGCCACUACUUCACCAUCAUCUCAUGAAGUGAAGGUGAAGGAUCCCACCCGGGUUGAAGUCGUAUCUGCGUUUAUAUGGAAGCAUUUCAUCAACGUAAUGCUUGCUAAGAAUCAAGAUGAUGCUGCCACAACACUGAUGUCAAGGAUCUGGCACCUGGUGAACCUGAGAAGAAGGAUGAGCAGAUUGUUGGCCUUACCAUCUACAGAAUUCCCUUUUGGGAACUUCUUAACCUGCGCCGUUGCUUCAUUCACAUCCGAGGAGAUUCAGGAGGAAGGGAUAACAUAUGCUAAUUACGGCGAUCUCGUUUGGCGCACACGUGAUUCAAUAAAGAAGAUAGAUGAAGAUUAUGUUGUCAAACGUGUAGUUCCUUUUGUAAAAAAGAUGGCUACAAAUGGAGUAGGACACCUCCAGCCACCACCCACGACUACAGUGACUGAAAGGGUUUUUAGCAGUUGGUUGAGAUUCCCGAUUUACGAAGUGGACUUUGGUUGGGGAAAACCGGUUUCGGUUGGCCCUACAGCAGCUGCUUUUGGAGAUGGCAAUGUUGUAUACUUAAUCAGCACAAGGAAUGAGGAGGGAAUAGAAGCGUGGAUUUCCAUGUCAGAAGACGAUUUCGGUUUGCUUCCGGACGAGUUUCUUUCACUUGCAACAACUGAUUUUUUUCAGAUCUAA